UCGAGUGCAACCGUGGUUAGUCUAACGGGCUUCCCGUUCGGUGUGGAUCAUAACACAUGGUGAUAUAAUAUAUCCUGGACUUGUACCUGAACCACCUAUGAUUGUUUGGUGUUUCUCCGGUGUCACCUGCCUUCUUUAUUCUGAGGUGUUUAUUCUUUGUUUCAUGGGGGGACAAAUCGCCCUUUUUUUAAACAAAAUCUCCCGUGGCAUUUCCCGUAACACCCGUUUUCUAGAACAAGAAAAAGUCUUCCGAUCUUCCGGGAUCUUUCUAGGGCAUCUUGAAGUAGGACCCUGUCGCACGGAAGUAACCGGGGGAUCGAAUUUGUAUGACGAUUCUUGUCAGGCCCUCCAGCCCCGGUAGGACCAGAUCCUGACGCCAUCUGCAUGUCUUUUCUUAAGAACUGUCUUGAUGCAGAACCAAGAUAUCCACGAGGGGUUCUUCACCGCUCCUUUCGCGGACCCUGUAGCGGUGCAAG